GAGCGCGCGCUCUUGGUCUCCGGUGAUGCGCGCGGCUCUCCGCCUUCAGUCUCGUUCAGGACACACUGACUGUCUGCUGAGGUACAUCACCAUAUCUUCGUUUUACUGAUUUUUUUUUUUUUACAAUGUACUAGGAGUCCCAAUUAUAAUGUACUUGUUGCUUAGUCGUAGCAUUGUUUAUUUUGAAAGUAAAACUAAACUGAAAGUUGCAUUUAAAUGGAAAUGUUCUCAUUAAGUACUAAAAAAAUCAUAAAUAACGUAACAGUAAUAGUCUGUGUAUAAUGUUCAGCAUGUCUCCUUGGUCUCCGUCAGCAUGUGAACGCGUAAUUACUAGAUCAUUGUAAGAGCCGGACAGGUCGGUGUAAGAUGGCCAUUCACGUGGACGGACUGCUGGCCAUCGUCUUCUUCUACCUGCUGAUCCUGAUGGUGGGCAUCUGGGCGGCGUGGAAGAACAAGAGCUCGGGGGUCUCCGAGGGAGCUGACCGCGGAGAGAUCAUCAUGGUCGGCGGGAGAGACAUCGGGCUGUUCGUGGGAGGAUUCACCAUGACCGCCACGUGGGUCGGAGGAGGAUACAUCAACGGCACGGCGGAGUCGGUGUAUCUGCCCGGAUCCGGCCUGGCCUGGGCUCAGGCGCCGUUCGGUUACGCUCUCAGUUUAGUAGUCGGUGGCUUGUUCUUUGCGAAGCCCAUGCGGUCUCGGGGAUACGUGACCAUGCUGGACCCGUUCCAGCAUCUUUAUGGCAAGAGAAUGGGAGGCCUGCUCUUCAUACCUGCUUUACUGGGAGAGAUCUUCUGGUCAGCCGCUAUUUUGUCAGCCUUGGGAGCAACUCUGAGCGUGAUUGUGGACAUCAACAUCAGCAUGUCGGUGGUGAUCUCUGCCUUGAUCGCCAUCUUCUACACGCUGGUCGGGGGACUGUACUCGGUGGCGUACACAGACGUCGUCCAGCUCUUCUGCAUUUUCAUCGGUUUGUGGAUAAGCGUGCCGUUCGCCCUGUCCAACCCGGCUGUGUCGGACAUCGGCGUGACCGCGGUGAAGAGCGUGUUCCAGGCUCCGUGGCUGGGUCAGAUCGAUCCAUCGGACGGCUGGAUGUGGGCCGAUAACUUCUGUCUGCUUAUGCUGGGUGGGAUCCCGUGGCAGGUGUACUUCCAGCGGGUUCUCUCGGCUUCCUCGGCCAGUUACGCUCAGGUCCUGUCCUUCCUGGCUGCCUUCGGCUGUCUGGUCAUGGCCGUGCCGUCUGUCCUGAUCGGCGCUAUAGGAGCCUCCACAGACUGGAAUCAGACGUCGUACGGGCCACUUCCUCCAGUGGAGAAGGACGAGUCGGACAUGAUCCUGCCCAUCGUCCUGCAGCACCUCUGUCCUCCGUUCGUCUCUUUCUUCGGUCUGGGGGCGGUGUCGGCCGCUGUGAUGUCCUCCGCCGACUCCUCCAUCCUCUCCGCCAGCUCCAUGUUCGCACGAAACAUUUACCAGAAUGCCUUUCGCCAGUCGGCGUCAGACGGUGAGAUCGUGUGGGUGAUGAGGAUCACCAUCUUCGUGUUUGGAGCACUAGCGACCGCCAUGGCCCUCCUGACAGGCUCCGUUUACGGCCUGUGGUACCUGAGCUCAGACCUGGUGUACGUCAUCAUCUUCCCUCAGCUCCUCUGUGUGCUGUUCGUCAAGGGCACUAACACCUACGGCUCGGUGGCCGGUUACGUCUUCGGGCUGCUGCUGCGGGUCGGCGGGGGUGAGCCCUACCUCAGACUCCCUCCGUUCAUCUACUACCCCGGCUGGCAGACACGGCAGAGGGAGCAGCGCCUCACACCAGAGCUGGAGAACUUCGUGGAGCAGAGGUUCCCCUACAAGACGGUCUCCAUGCUGGCCUCGCUCAUGAGCAACGCUGCCUUCUCGUACGCCGCCAAGUAUCUGUUUGAGAGCGGCACGCUCUCGCCCAAGUAUGACUUCCUGGAUGCAGUGGUUUCCAGACACAGCAAAGAAACGAUGGACAAGACCACGCUCGUCACUCAUGACAAUAUCAUCCUGUCAGAGCUGGCUGCUGUUCGGCCGCGGCACGGAGGCUCUGUGGCGGGAACCUUUGUGAACGACGAGGCCGAGGGGAGCCCAGACUCCGGCACCGAGCUCCAGUAGAGACGGGAAUAAUCAUCACUGAAGAACAAACCCACAAGCUGUGCAAUACUAGCAGAGCGGAAACAAGUCAUACACUUACCAUUGACUUGACGUGAUUGAUGGUAUGUAUGAAACGAGCUUGUGUUUAUUCCUUUUUUCUGCUUAGAAUAUAACUGUAAUAGAGCAAUACGUUUUUAAUCCAUAUGUUCUUUUAAGGAGCUUUUUAACCCAGAAACAAACAUGAUGUCUUUAUUUACACACCCUCAAGCCUGGUACUCGAAAGUGCCAAUGAUGGUCCUCCUUAAUAUUAGCAUUAGCAUUACAUUCAUUACCUGCUCCUUCACGUUUAAAGGAUGAGUUCACUUCCAGAAAAAAACAUUUACUGAUAAUUUACUCUUCCCUAGUCAUCCAUGAUGUUCACGUCUUUCUUUCUUCGGUCGCAAAGAAGUUUUGGGAGAAAAGUUUGGGGGAAAAGUUUUGGAUUUCAAUGAGAGAUCAGACCCUGGAUAAGACUAGAUAAGACCCCCACUCCUUGGUUGGGAUCAUGUAGAUAACUUUUAACCCAUCAGCCUCCAUGAAAGGCCAUGGAGAAAAAUCCUGGAAUGUUUCCUCAAAAACCUUCAUUUCUUUUAGGCUGGAGAAAUCAAAACAUGAAUUAUCAGGAAACUUCUGGACGUGAACUAAUCCGUUAAGCAAGUGUACUGUGUGUUGUAUGGUGUUAUGCAAGUUGAUGUAGACACCUGAUAUAAAGUGGUUUAUCUGUGUCUUCUGAAGACGCACGAUAGCUUUGCUUGUGAUUUUAAGCCUCUAGUCACUUUCUAAUGCCAUUAAUAUUCAAGCAAGAUCCUGCUACUACUUGUAUAAUUUUCUUGGCUUUCCGGAGCUUAACAAUGUCUGUCCCUGCUUGCUUUUAUUGCAUAAAAAGAGCAAUGGAAUAAUGUUAACAUCCUGUUUGAUGUAAGAAAGAAAGCCAAAGCUGCUGGACGUACGCUACUUGAGGGUGAGUAAAUACUGACAGGGUUGUCAAAUAUUUCAAGCCCUAUAGAUAUAUUGCUUUAUUUAUUUAUUUUAAGGAGACUUUAGAUUUAAAUUCUAGUUUAAGCUAAAUU